GAUGCAGCCGUGGUCUCUGAGGACACAGAGUUUGUGGUUGGCCAUGAACGGAGAGUCAAUAAGAGGUGUACCUGACUCACAAUAAACCAGACGUCAGCCGAUCCACAUAUAAUCUGCCUGCUGGGGUUCGGCCUUUUGACAUUAUGACGAGAGCACUGUUGCGUUUUAUAAUCGAAGAUGCUUAACGAGAGACUGAAAUCAUCUCUGGAGCCGCUGCGGCUUUCAUUUCAGCUCAGCACUACUGAAUAUUUCUGUUUAUGAGGAAGCUGUGGGACGGAGCUCUGCUGGCAGUGCUGGAGAAUCUCGGUGUUCAUGGCUAGAACAGAAACAUUUGUGUCCGUCAACAUUUGUGUUCCCCCCAAAUCUGCUGACCAGUGUUGGAUGCAGUAAUUUGCUGGGCAGACUAAGAAACAAAGGGGCAGCCGAAACACACGAGCUUCCUACAUCUUUCAAAUCAGCAGGACAUCAUGCAGUCGGACGAUCUAUUCAUCCGCAAGUUCCGCAGGCAGAGCCCUCGCCCGCCGCUCACCAGAGUCAACUUUGACUCUAAGCAGGAUGGUGCCAGCGUGCGAACCCGAGUGCUGGCAGAAUGGCCGCCCAGGAGAGACGGAGACGGCACAAACACAGAGGGCACACCCAGCACUGAAUCUGCACUCAGUCUGAGGACAGCGGGACGAGGACACAUAAUGCAGCGUAGCAACAGCGACGUCACCCUGGGGGAUCUGGACUCCACAGGGCAGGUCGGGAGAAAACUCCUACGGGUCGACAAAACUGGGACUUCCGCUCAGGGCGAGUACUUGCACCGAGAAUACGGCAGCCUCUCCUCACUAGAAAGACAAACGCAAUCUGUGGAUCCCAACGCAGAAGGUGCACUCAGUCCCAAUGCACUGCGCUUUAGAGAUCCGUUCGUGCUGCUGGGCCUUCAGGAGGCGCCUCCAGAAGUGGACGGGUUUUUUCAAUCACUCAAUCCUCCUGCUGUAGAUGCAAACGCAAAACCGGCCAAACCACCCAAACCGGAGGGACUCGGGAAGAAGUCGAAACCGUCGCCUCCUCAAGCGCAUCAGUUUUCAUGUGAUCAAGGUGUAUCGGGCGGUGCAUGGGUGCGCAAUUUUGCACACUAUGACGUCCAGAGCAUUUUAUUCGAUCUAUCAGAGGCUGCAACCAAUCGGGAUAGUAUUGGCCGUAAGAAAAAUAUAACAUCAGGUGCAUCUGCGGCCUCACAACUCCGUCCGCUUGCGCAAUCGACACAAUCUUCAGUUUCUCAGGGUGGAUGUGGUGGAAGUACAGGCAGCGGGGCUGGAUCUGAUGAUGUGGAGCAGUCUUUGCUGGAUGAAGGAGACGGGAAUGAUAAUGAUCUCCUGCUCAGCUGUCCGCACUUCAGGAAUGAGAUGGGUGGAGAGGAGAGCGUGGGGCUCGGGCUGCCACGACCCGGCAGAUACAGGUGGAGGAGCUUUCAGAGCCCCAAUGAUGCUGUGUCUGUGCUGGAAGAGCCACGAGAAAGCCACGUCCAGCCCCAGGGCAAGAGCAACUACUUCAUAGAGCAUGCAGACCUGGGGGCGCGCUACUAUCACAAGUACUUCUACAUGAAAGAUCAUCAGAAUUUCUUCGGCAUGGAUGAGCGCUUGGGGCCGGUGGCUGUUAGUUUCCGCAGGGAGGAAAAAGAGGGAUCAAGUGGGUCCCAGUACAACUACAGGAUCAUUUUCAGGACCACCGAACUGAAGACGCUGCGCGGCUCAAUCCUGGAGGAGUCUGUUCCCUCCGCUGCGCGACACACAACGCCACGCGGCCUUUCCCCCAAGAGACUGCUGGAGUUUAUUCUGCCUGAUCUAAACCUGCAUUGCCUCAGACUGGCCUCCACAUCUCCUAAAGUCAGAGACACACUGCUGAAGCUGGACGAGCAGGGGCUGAAUUUCCAGCGGAAGGUUGGCGUGAUGUACUGCCGGGCGGGACAGAGCACUGAAGAGGACAUGUAUAAUAACGAGAGCUCCGGGCCCGUGUUUGAGGAGUUUCUGGAUCUUCUGGGAGACCGAGUGAGACUCAAGGGCUGGGAGAAAUACAGAGCUCAGCUCGACACCAAAACCGACUCCACAGGCACUCACUCGCUGUACACUCGCUACCAGGAUUACGAGAUCAUGUUUCACGUCUCCACCAUGCUUCCAUACACAGCUAACAAUAAACAACAGUUGCUGAGGAAGAGGCACAUAGGGAACGAUAUCGUCACAAUAGUCUUCCAGGAGCCUGGUGCUUUACCCUUCACCCCCAAAGCCAUCCGUUCACACUUCCAGCACGUCUUCAUCAUCGUCCGUGUUCAUGAGCCCUGCACAGAAAACACCUAUUACAGAGUUGCAGUAACCCGUUCGAAGGACAUCCCUCUGUUUGGUCCUCUUUUCCCGAAAGGUGCUCGAUUCCCGCGUUCGCCAGCCUUCCGCGACUUUCUACUAGCCAAAGCCAUCAACGCAGAAAACGCGGCGGAGAAAUCGGAAAAAUUCCGCUCCAUGGCCACACGCACAAGACAGGAAUAUUUAAAAGAUCUCGCAGAAAACUACGUCACAACAACACCCAUUGACUCCUCCACCAAAUUCCCUCUGCUGUCGCUAGGCGGAAAACGCAAGGAGAAGCUGAAGGGAGCGAAAGGGGCGGAGCUUCACAGUGCUGGAGCGUUAGUUUGGGCUGUGACUGUGGUCCAGGGUGGAGAAAACAGUGUGUCAGUCAGUCUAUCGUGUCUGCUGGGCGUUUCUGCAGAGCUGGUGGUGCUCAUCGAGAGAUCCACGCGCACCGUUGUGAUUAACUGCAGCUGCCGUGAUGUUAUUGGCUGGAAGGCUGUGACUGAGACCGGAGCUCAGGCUGGACCGUCGCUGGAUAUCUUUUAUGAAAGAGGCGAGGCGGUGACCGUAACCGUGACCGACAGCCAAGUAGAGGAUAUUAAGGAGAUCGUCCAGAGGCUGGAGUUGGUGACGCGUGGCUGUGAGGCCCGUGAAGUGACUCCGCUGCGGGACGGCGUGGGUCAGCCGGGGUUUCUGAUGAGUGAGGAGGGCUUCGUGACGGAGCUGCAGCGGUUUGGGUACGCGGAAAGCGGCGGGCUGCAGAUGGGGGCGCGGGUGGUCCGUCUCUGCGGCCGAGUCCUGCUGCACCUCAGCCUGGAGGAGAGGAGUCGACUGCUCCGCACCGCGCAGAAGAUCCACAUCACUGUCAUCCCGCCAGACGAGAACGGGAAACCACGCAGGAGUUUCUCAGAGCUCUAUCAGAAAGCCAUCCAGGACGCGGAGAGCAAAUCUGGAGAGGGAUGUUCGGGUGAAGCCUGGGUUCUGGAUGAAGAAGAUGAAGAUGAUGAUGAAGAAGAAGCAGAGGAAGAAGAGGAGGAGAAAGAUGAAGAUAACAAGCUUGCAGACAGUGAAACUCCGAUGGAGGAACCGGCUGGAGAUCAGAUGGGGUUUGUGGAGCCCAUGGACACAGACUCGCUGCUGUCUCCGCCCAGUUUACCCCUCCUGCGGGCCACGUCUCUGCAGGACAGCAUGAAGAGUCAGAGCCCAGAAAUCAGCGCCGUCUCCAUCACACGCAGCUACUCUCUAGAAGGACACCCGCCCUGCCAGGACAUCCUCGAAGGGCAUGUGUAUGAUAACGUGAGUCUGAAAGGCAACAGCCACAUCUAUGAAAACCCCGGAGAGCUUCGGGACGUGACGCCGGACCUCAUUCUGGCCGUCAAACCUAAAGUGCCUCUGGAGCACGAGGAACAGUCUGUGUGUGACGCAGGCUCAGACGCGUGUCCGUCCAGCAGUGAAGUGACCAUGAGAUCCUCCUGUAUGGAAACAGCAGAGAGAAACUCCAGAGCUCUGAGUCUCCACAACUCCAUCACCAAGAUUCUGUCCGAGACCACAGACUCAUCUGAAGAGGAAUGGCAGUCCAUUGCAGAUCUGGCAACCGCCUGCAAGAACAUUCUGGAGGCUUUGUCUCGAGAAGACCGGAGGUCAGAAGAUGGAGCGCAGGACACACUGAGCCAGUCUGGACAGACAGACGGCAGGUUUAAAGACAGUGAUACACCUGGUCACCUGGAGGAGAAAGUGUCCCAGUUGGAGGCGAUGCUGAAACGGCUGCAGGACGACCUCCAAAAGUCCUUGCCCUCUGCGCUGCUUCAGAGAGCCACAGCUACUGCACUGAGCCAGGCACACAGAGGGACUGUAGAGGUAGGGCGGCACAAGCAAAAGAAACCUGUCUUGUCAUUGAGCAGGGUGAACAGAGGAGAUGAGAAGAUUGCUGGAGGGACAAUGGGCAGCCAUGCUCACUCUCAACACUAACCCAGCAAAGG